AUGAGCCACUAUGUCAGCGGAAGGCAGUUUAUCUUCGAGGAGAGGCCUCGCUGGAUAUUUCUGGGCCUGUUGGUGGUCAUGCUGAUCGGGAUGCUGAUUGGCAUUCUGCUCGGACUAAUCAUCAGCCUCGCCGGGAUCUACCUUUUCGAGGCCGCGCUCGUCGGAUUGGCGAUUUUCAUUCUUUACGAUGCCUACGACCUGACCUUCCUGAAGAAAUCCGGAGCUGCGGACAAGACAGGCUUCGCGCUGAUGGUGAUGCUAUGCACAGCGCUGCUCAUCAUAUUCAUGGCCGCCAUCCGCUAUUCGGCCAUUGCGCUUGGCACGUGGAAGCGCUGCCUUAUCUUUAGUCUAGUUGGAAUUGCGCUGGCUUUGAUCGCCUAUGUGUACGCUCGCCUCUGCUGCCAGGAGGACGAGAGGAAGCACCACUUGGGGCCUUGCAGCCCGGAAGGAGAUGAGCUGGAAAGCGUGGAAUUCAGUGGUGAGAAGGUCGGUUACUGGGAAAGCUGGUCUCGGUUCCUGAGCUGGAUCCUUAGCGGCCAGUGGUGGUACGACAUCAACGAUUGGUCUAUUCCAGCAGAUGAGGAUUGCUGCUCCAGGGACAAGGUGGUGGUGCACAAUCGCUCUUUGAAGCUGAUCAAAGUUUGCCUUUACUCUUCCCGCGAUGUGGUUUGCUGGGUGCCGGUGGGCGGCAUCGCUGGAAGCUGUGUGGGGUUCAUCCGUGCAGGCGAGAAGCGGGCCUUCACGCUCCCUCGGCCCUGGCGCCAAAAGGCCGAGAGCAACGACCAGUUCCGUCUGAAGGUUUUCAUGCCCGGUCUGCUCGACAAGGAGCUCGCCUAUUACCCUGUGGCAAAGCGAGGUCAGUAUUUCGCUUUCGUGGAUGUCGAGGGCGUCGUGCGGCGGAGCCGCUUCCUCUCCUCGUCGCUGGCGCCCUUCGCCGCGCCACCACUGCCUUCGAACACCGAGAGCUCCGAAGAGGAGUACGUGGCGGCGGCGAAAGCCAUGCGGAAGGAUUCGAAAUUCGAGUCCCUGACGGGGCUGAUGCGGAAGCGUAGCAGCAGCAACUCACUGCAGCUCUUGAGCCAGAGUCCGGGUCCGGACGAGGUUGCCGGGAGCUCGCGAAAAGCGGCGCCGGACGAGAUCGUUAUCCGGAAUCGCAGCAGUCACGAUGUUCGAGCGAUGUUGUUCAGACCCAACGACUACUGCUGCAUGAUACCACUGGUGGGAAAGCUCACGGCAUGCGGUGAUUGCAUUCUGCAAGGAGAAGAGCGCCGAUUCACGCCUCUGGCGCAUUCCCCCGAAUUCACUCUCAAGGUGUAUUCCGUGGGGCCUGCUGCCAAGGAGCUCACGUACCUCACCGUCUCCCGCCCGGGGCCCCAUGCUGUAUACUCUGAGGCAGGGAACCAGACAAGGCAGAUCCACGUGCGAGACGGCACAGCAAAGGCUGUCAGCGUGGGCAUUUUGAUCAGCAACACCUUUUGGCCGGUCAUUCGGCAGUGCCUGGCACAGCAUCCCGGUGAUUCCAAGCUCGUCGAGAAAAGCUGUCGGCUGCUGAAGCACUCCAUGCGCUGUGUGCCUGACCUUUUCAAGCCCAACGUUCCAGACGUGGCACGUACACUUGUCACGGCCUUCCAGCAGCAUCAGCACUCCUCGUACCUGUACUCGGCGGAAAUCUUGGCGAACACCUACGCCAGCGACCCCGAGAUUGUCCCGGUGCUAACCGAGCUCUUCAAUCAGCUCAGCGGCAUUGGACUGCAGUGCCUUAUAGCUUCAGAGAGCAAGCUGGAGGAGAUAACAGAGCUUGUUGAGGACUUCUUCGGCAUGUUUGAGCGGUACUUGCGCUUUGCGCCUACAAUUGUUAUAAAUGCCCCGACGCUUCUGCCGACUCUCCGACUGUGGAGCGUCGUGAUUUUUGUGCAGCAGAAGGAAGCCGUCGAGGCCGUGAUCGCUUUCAUCGAGUCUGUGUUCUCGCACAUUGCAGAGACCAAAAAAGUCGGCAGGCGCUUUGUAGAUGAGCAGAAGGCCUCCAUUGGCCAGAUGCUUCAGCCCCAUGCCAUGCAGGUGGCACCCGGUUUCGUCGAAGCCGUAUUCAAGCUCAUCGCUGUGGUUCCCACAAAAUACGUGCAAGACUGCAUCCCCUCUAUCCUGGAGGGCAUCCGAUCUGCAUUCCCACAGGAGUUCGCGAAUUGGCUGGAAGCCGGUCUCGGCCACCUGCCCCCGUCAGUGGGCUCCAAGGCCGAGCUUCAAAAGUUCGGAGAGCAGAUUUUGCGCGGCGACGAUGCACAGGUCUACGAAGCGAUCCAGGAGUCGGGGCUUGUUCAGGCCAGCUACCUGUUCAUGGCGGGAUGA